AUGGUUUACAACCUCAUGUCUGGGAAGGACAUAAUUCCAACCAGUCAGCCAUCCAGCCAGUCAGCCAUCCAGCCAGCUAGCGCCCAGACUCCACGAGAGACAUGGGCCACCAAGCCAUGUGUGGCGGUGCACAUCCACCUGCAUUGCGGCAUGCUGCGUGAUGACUUCAGACAGAACCCCACAGACGUGGUGGUGGCAGCGGGAGAGCCGGCCAUCUUGGAGUGUGUCCCUCCCAGGGGACACCCAGAGCCCACCAUCUUCUGGAAGAAAGACAAAGUGCGCAUCGACGACAAGGAGGACAGGAUCACGAUUCGAGGAGGGAAGCUGAUGAUCUCCAACACCAGGAAGAGUGACGCAGGGAUGUACAUCUGCGUGGGAACCAACAUGGUGGGGGAGAGAGACAGUGAGACGGCCCAGGUCACCGUGUUUGAGCGGCCCACCUUCCUGCGGCGGCCCAUCAACCAGGUGGUCCUGGAGGAGGAGACAGUGGAGUUCAGGUGCCAGGUCCAGGGAGACCCCCAGCCCAACGUCCGAUGGAGGAAAGAUGACAUUGAUGUCCCCCGCGGGAGGUAUGAGAUCAAAUACGACAAAGACGACUACGUGCUGAGAGUGAAGAAGGCGUCGGCCGGCGACGAGGGCACUUUCACCUGCGUGGCGGAGAACCGUGUGGGCAAGGGAGAGGCGUCGGCCAGCCUCAUCGUCCGAGCUCGCCCUGCAGCGUCGCCCCAGUUUGUGAUUCGUCCGAGGGACCAGAUCGUGGCUCAGGGGCGCACCGCCACCUUCCCCUGUGAGACCAAGGGGAACCCCCAGCCUGCUGUCUUCUGGCAGAGAGAGGGCAGCCAGAACCUGUUGUUCCCCAACCAGCCCCAGCAGCCCAGCAGUCGCUUCUCCGUGUCCCCCGGCGGAGACCUCACCAUCUCGGCCGUGCAGCGGGCCGACGCCGGCUACUACAUCUGCCAGGCCCUGACCGUGGCUGGCAGCAUCCUCGCCAAAGCUCAGCUGGAGGUCACAGAUGUGCUCACAGACAGGCCGCCGCCCAUCAUCCGUCAGGGCCCGUCCAAUCAGACCCUGGGGGUGGACAGCGUGGCUCUCCUGAAGUGCCAGGCAUCAGGGGAUCCCGUCCCCUCCAUCAGCUGGCUGAAGGACGGAGCCAGUCUACUGGGCAAGGACCCCCGCAUGACCCUGCAGGAGCUGGGCAGCCUUCAGAUCAGGGGCCUGAGGCUCUCAGACUCUGGGAUCUACACCUGUGUGGCUGCCAGCUCCAGUGGAGAGACCUCCUGGAGUGCUUUCUUAGAGGUCAAAGAAGUGGGAGGGGUCAUGGUCAUGAAGAACCGGGACGACAACGAGCUUCCGGGCCCUCCCUCCAAACCUCAGGUCACCGACGUCACCAAAAACAGCGUCUCGUUGUCUUGGCAACCCGGGCUUGCGGGGGCGUCGCCCAUCUCCUCUUUCGUCAUCGAAGCCUUCAGCCAGUUGGUGAGCAACAGCUGGCAGACUGUUGCAGACCACGUCAAGACCACGCAGUUCACGGUCAAGGGGCUGCGACCCAACACCAUCUACCUGUUCAUGAUCCGGGCGGUGAACACCCAGGGCCUGAGUGACCCCAGCCCCAUGUCUGAGCCGGUCAGAACGCAAGACAUAAGCCCUCCAGCCCAGGGUGUUGACCACAGACAUGUUCAGAAAGAGCUUGGGGAGGUCAUAGUUCGGUUGCACAACCCUGUUGUCAUGAGUCCUACAACCAUUCAGGUCACUUGGACGGUGGACCGCCAGUCCCAGUUCAUCCAGGGCUACCGGGUCCUGUUCAGGCAGGCGUCGGGCCUGUCCUCCCCAGGACCCUGGCAGACCCAGGACGUCAAGGUGCCCUCGGAGCGCAGCGUGGUCCUCUCUGGCCUCAAGAAGGGCAUCGUCUACGACAUCAAGGUCCGCCCCUACUUCAACGAGUUCCAAGGCAUGGACAGCGAGUCCAGGACGGCCCGUACCACUGAGGAAGCUCCCAGUGCCCCCCCCCAGCAGGUGACGGUCCUGACAGUGGGCAGCCAGAACAGCACCUCCGUCAGCAUCUCCUGGGACCCCCCUCCUCCUGACCACCAGAACGGCAUCGUUCAGGAGUACAAGAUCUGGUGCCUGGGGAACGAGACUCGUUUCCACGUGAACAAGACCGUGGAUGCAGCCAUCCGCUCCGUGUUGGUGGGGGGGCUGCAGGCGGGGGUGUUGUACCGGGUGGAGGUGGCCGCCAGCACCAGUGCAGGGGUGGGGGUGAGGAGCGAGCCUCAGUCCAUCAUCAUAGGCAAGGACUUCCGAGACGUGAUCAUGAGUGGGAACCGUAACAACAGCAUCACGGAGCAGAUCACAGACGUGGUCAAGCAGCCGGCCUUCAUCGCCGGGAUCGGAGGGGCGUGCUGGGUCAUCCUCAUGGGCUUCAGCAUCUGGCUGUACUGGAGGAGGAAGAAGAGGAAGGGGCUCAGCAACUACGCAGUUCAGUCCUUCACCUUCACCCCUGCAGUGACGUUCCAGCGAGUCGACGGAGGUCUGAUGAGCAAUGGCAGUCGACCUGGCCUGCUGAAUGCCAGUGACCCGGCCUACCCCUGGCUGGCUGACUCCUGGCCCGCCACCAGCCUGCCUGUCAACAGCAGCUCAGGCGGGCCCAACGUCCUCGCUAACUUUGGCCGUGGAGAUCUCCCCAGUGGCCAGGGGGAUAAGACAGGCACCAUGCUGUCUGAAGGAGCCAUCUACAGCAGUAUUGAUUUCACCACCAAGGCCAGCUACAACAGCCCCAGCCAGGCAUCCCAGGCCACCCCCUACGCCACCACCCAGAUCCUCCACUCCAGCAGCAUCCAGGAGCUGGCUGUGGACCUGCCAGAGGCCCAGUGGAAGGCCUCUGUCCAGGCCAAGCAGGAGAUGGCCAACCUGGGCUACUCCUUACCUGACAAGAACUCCUGCAACAACACACUCCUUUUCAUUCCUGACUACCGAUUGGCCGAGGGAAUGUCUAAUAGAAUGCCCCACAACCAAUCACAAGAUUUCAGCACCACCAGCUCUCACAACAGCUCCGAGCGCAGUGGCAGUCUCUCAGGUGGUAAGGGAGGCAAGAAGAAGAAAACCAAGGCUAGCACCAAGCCCACCAAGGCAAACGGCACCAACUGGGCCCACGUGCCCCUGCCCCCUCCGCCCAUCCACCCCCUCCCUGGCACCGACAUGGACCACUACCCCAACGAGCACCACGAAGGGGGAGGGUAUGAGAGCGACGGCUGGGGCCCGCCCAUGCCCAUGCAGACCUACCUCCACCAGGGCCUGGAGGACGAGCUGGAGGAGGAGGACGAGAGAGUCCCCACGCCGCCCAUCCGGGGCGUGGCCUCCUCCCCGGCCGCGGUGUCCUUCGGCCAGCAGUCCACAGCCACCCUCACCCCCUCCCCCCGCGAGGAGAUGCAGCCCAUGCUCCAGGCCCACCUGGACGAGCUGACCAGAGCGUACCAACUGGACAUGGCCAAACAGACAUGGCACAUGCAGGGGGGCUCCCUCCCUCCCUACCCCCCCCAGGCCCCCGCUCCUCCAGUGGGGUAUGUGUCCAGCACCCUGGUGUCUGACCUGGAGACUGACCUAGCAGACGAGGAGGACGAGGAGGAGGAAGGCUACGAGAUGUCCAGGCCGCUGCGUGGAAUCGAGCACACGCCAGGUUCUAGCAUGGAUAACCUGGACAGCUCAGUAACAGGCUCCAUGGUAAACGGCUGGGGCUCGGCGUCUGAGGAGGAGCGUCAGUUCUCCAGCCGCAGGUCCAGCGUGGCCAGCUCCUCGGACGGCUCCAUCUUCGCCCACGCCGGCUUCGCCCAGGCCCUGGUGGCGGCCGCCGACAAGGCGGGCUACCGCCUGGAGGGAACCAGCCUUAGCAAGAGAGGUAAAGGCCUGACCCACAGGCCCCCCCCGGGAAGCCCCCUGUCCACAGAUGGCAGCACAGUGGGCUCCCACAGCCUGGAUCACCAGAGGGCCCCUCGACCCACACGCCGGCCCCGGGCCCAGAACACGGCGCCCCACAGGAGAGAUCCCAGCGCAGACGACCUACCUCCUCCCCCGGAGCCCCCUCCAUGCCAGGCCCAGGGCCGCAUCCAGGGGGCCCGCAGCGUGGGCAGCAUGGGGCCUCCCACAGACAGGAUGGCCUCGUCCCUGGAGUGCCAGCCCCUGUCAGGUCCCCUCACUGGGCUGGAGGAGGUGAAGAGCAGCAUGGAGCGGCAGACACGCGCCUCUCUGGAGAGACACCACCAAGCCCAGGAGAGGCUGGGCUCCGUGGAGCGAUCAGAGGACGGCCGCAGGGGCCAGAGGACAGGAGAGGAGGUGUGUCUGCCGUACAGCAAGCCCUCCUUCCCCUCCCUGGGGGGCCACGCCUCCUCUGGGACCUCCUCCUCCAGGGGCUCCACGGGGCCACGCAAGGCUGAGGGCCCUCGCCCGCCUCACCAGUGGACCGCCUCGGAACACGCAGACUUCCUGGGGGCCAAUGGCCAGGGCCAGUACGCUGGAGAGUUAUAGUGACGUGCCGGAGUGUGAACCAGACACAGCCUAGCCUGUCUUCAGCAGUGGGGGCCCUGAACUCUGCAGAGGGAGGAGCGACGUGGAACAUCUGUAAUGUGUACAGGCACAGUCACACUGUACAUCCUACAACGGUUUUGGUCCUCAAGAUAAUAUUCCCCACCUACCUUACCUUUUUUUCGUCAGAAAAAAUACAAGAUAACAAAAAAAAUAAUGUCUAUACGAGAAAAAAACGACAUUUUCAAAGUAACCGUCCUUGGAAAAAAGGGAAUUUUUGUUUCUUGUAAAUAUCUUCUAUUCAUUGUUGUUGCAUCGCUAUGCAAGCCUAGUUCUGUUAAGCUUUGAUUUCCUUAAACAGGUCCUGUUGGUUUUAUCUGGUCAUUUGUAUUAUAUGUGAAUUGAUAGGCUGUUGUGCCAUAAAAUAAUUGUUUUAUAAUCCAUCAUUUGUUAAUACCUAUCAUUGAUUAAUUAAUUAUUAUCAUUAUUGUUAAUUAUUGUUUUUUUGCACUGCAAUUUUGAUGAUAAGCACAAAAAACAUAACUCCUGCUGACAUGAAGAACCGGUCGAAUAUGUGAAAUGGAGUUUCUGUACUGUAUAGUAGAAAGAAGAAAAUAUAUCCUAAUGUACAGAGAGAUAUUUGAGAAUAAGGCUCUGGCUCUGGACACCAUCAGAUAGGUGGUCACGGCCACGCCCAGACGUAUUGGUGAAGCAGAGCUGACAGGAGAUUGUGAAUGUGCACAGAUAAGGAAGGAUAAUGACUACGCUUCACUGCGAAGGAUCGUGAUAGUGUCUUAUCUGAUUCCUAAACAACAUCUGUUGUCAGAAUACUAGUGGAAGGUACAAAGAUGAGCAUCCAGGCCGGUCAGUUCUGGGGAACUCCCAGGCUGUCCUGCAGCAGAGCAGAGCCAGUCUGAUACCUAAUCUAACAUAUUUCUACCAGCAUCAAAUGGCAACAUUUAUUAUUUAAAAAAAUGUUUGAUUUGUUUUGACACGUGUAAUUGCAAAAGCAUUCUUCUCAUAGGACUCACCUUAUGCCCCUCAGUAAAAGCAGACAUAGUCAACACUUGCCAGGCAGGUGUGUGUGCUCCCGUACAGCAGCACUUAGCAUAUGAGCAUCCUCCAAUCAUCAUCCAGCGCUCCUCUGUCACCUCAUUCAGACAGGAGAACUUGCUCAUGCCCAUUCCAGCUUGGAGCUCAUAUGGCCUGAUGCUGAUGUCACAGUGAUGCUGGUGUCACAGCAGUGCUGGUGUCACAGCGGUGCUGGUGUCACAGUGGUGCUGAUGUCACAGCAGCGCUGGUGUCAAAUAGUGCUUAUUUCGCUGUAGUGCUGAUGUCACAGUGGUGCUGAUGUCACAGUUGGGCAAGGAAACUGGAAGAGAUCCUUUAUUAGUUGCCAUAGUUUUCUUAAUUUUUUGAUAGCACUUAGUGCCAGUGUCCCCACAUUUAUGGUAUCACCCUGGAAGACAACACAAUGUUGUCCUGUGGUCUCCAGCCAGUCUGAACAGUCCAAUCUUAACCAGAGUUGUAGAUUGAAGGUGGGGUUAUUAGCACACAGAACUCAGUAGUUACAGGAGAGGGAGAGUCCCACGGAGAGUGUUGGCCAAUCACGUUGGAGAGUCCUGAGGGCACUGUUAGACUGGGGACAGGAGUCUCACUGCCUCUGUCUCUACACUGUAGAGCAGAACACUUUUAUCUGCCUGUCUGACUACUACACACACACACUCACACACACACCUCCCCCUGCCGUGACAUUGUUUUCAGCCUCUAUGUUUUAAUUUAUGUUCCCAAACAAGGAUCCGUAUCAGUUGUUUUAAAAGCCUGGUUUUAUUUUCUUUGUAUGCCUUCUAUGGACUUGAAAACGCUGCUUAACCAUAUUUUCAAUAUUACCAUUCAACAACCGUUUCUUCGUCUUCAUUUCGUGCCGUUAACGUCGAUCCAUCCAAGAAACGCGGAAACGAAAAGGCUUUGUCAGAUGAUAUGCUGUUGUAACUGUUGUGUUCUCAUCAUCGGCAUUUCUUAUCAUCACCCUAGUGGCCAGUGUUCUGGAAAUGAGGUGCACGAGUAUCUCAGGUUAUUUUGCAUUCUGGUGGUGUUCAUGUGUGUGUAUAUAUAAAUGUGUAUAUAUCCAUAUGCAUCUCCACUCAUUGAUUCCAUUCCAGUUUCAUUGCAAGAUUUCCCCCCCCUCUGUAUGUUGCUGUCCUAACUCAUUUCUUCUUGGCAGUGGGUUAUGAUUCCCUGUAUGACGUGCUGGUCCAUCCACACGAUGUCAGUAACAGAACAUACCAAAUGAAUAUUGAUAUUUCUAAUGUCUAAUGCGUUCUAGUGUCUUUUUAAUACUCAUUGUUUGCUUUUAAACCACAGUGUUGUUGUUUUGUAUUUAUUAAAAUGAUAAUUAAAAAAAGUAUAUUGUGAAAUAUGCAUAAAGAUUUGUGGAAUAUAAAAUGUCCUUUUAUUUUUUUGUAACCUUUUUCUUUUCUUUUUUUACUUGUAACGUUUUGCCGUCUGAGACGAGAAGCAAAAGUCCAGAAGGAUCUGGCGCUCGGGGCUGACGGAGGGGACCCGCCUCGCCGCUCGCUCCCUUCAGUUAGCCGAGUCACUCUCCGUCCUGCAUGUUCACCACUCUGCUUCCUCUCUCGUGUCCAAACGAAAGAAAUGUAACACCAGGGAUGUAACCCUUCCUGACUCGCUUGACAACACGACACGUGUCGUUUCAAGAAGGAGGAGUGCUGGUUUGGCUUUCCUUCUCUUCUGUUCCUUUUUCUCAAUAUUGUUGAUUCUUUGUAGCCUAUCUGUGUGUUGCCUUUUUGCUAUAAAAGAGGAUUAAAAAAAAUAAAAAGAUCAAGUUGUUGGGUGAAGUCUUUCUGUACAGUUUGGGGCAGUGAGAAUGCCUCUGUCAUUUCUAUGUUCUCUUUUCGUUCUGUAAACAACCCUGUAUUCACAUGCAUGUCCUUGUCCAAGAAGAAGAAAAAAGGAGCAAAAGAACACAGUUUUACAAGUCUCAUUCCUCAUAUCCUGUAAGAUAAACUCAACUUCUUUUCUUUCCUUGUACCUGGAUC